CUUGCUUAAUUUGCUUCAGAAUUUAGAGAAGGAAUUAAAGCUGGAAAGUAUGUGAAAAACUUUUUAAGCCUACAGACACUUCUUCUGACUUUAGAAUUUGUUGUUAUUUUGCCAGGAAACAAUAAAUCCAGAUGUUGGACCAUGUCAGAAAUCCGGGCAAGGGAAUGGAUCGUCUCACACAGAAUGGUGAUGUGGCUUCUGAUUCUAGUGGCGUAUUUGUUCCAAAGCAAUGUGAAUUCGGGACGUUUGCCAACUAAAGCUGUGGAUCCAGAAGCAUUCAUGAAUGUCAGUGAAAUCAUCCGACAUCAGGGCUAUCCCUGUGAGGAGUAUGAAGUCACGACUGAAGAUGGGUAUAUCCUUUCUGUGAACAGAAUUCCGGGAGGACCAGGGCAACCUAGGACAGGGUCCAGGCCUGUUGUGUUACUACAACAUGGCCUGGUUGGAGAUGCCAGCAACUGGAUUUCCAACCUGCCCAACAAUAGCCUGGGCUUCAUUCUGGCAGAUGCUGGUUUUGAUGUGUGGAUGGGAAACAGCAGGGGAAACACCUGGUCUCGGAAACACAAGACCCUCUCUGUGGAACAAGAUGAAUUCUGGGCUUUCAGUUAUGAUGAGAUGGCUAGGUUUGACCUUCCUGCAGUGAUAAACUUUAUUUUGCAGAAAACGGGCCAGGAAAAGAUCUAUUAUGUCGGCUAUUCACAGGGCACCACCAUGGGCUUUAUUGCAUUUUCUACCAUGCCUGAGCUGGCUCAGAAAAUCAAAAUGUAUUUUGCUUUAGCACCAAUAGCCACUGUUAAAUAUGCGAAGAGUCCUGGGGCCAAAUUUUUGUUGCUGCCAGAUAUGAUGCUCACGGGAUUGUUCGGCAGAAAAGAAUUUCUGUACCAGACCAGAUUCCUCAGGCAGUUUGUUAUUUACCUUUGUGGCCAGGUGAUUCUCGAUCAGAUUUGUAGUAAUGUCAUGUUACUUCUGGGUGGAUUCAACACUAACAAUAUGAACAUGAGCCGAGCAAAUGUAUACGUUGCCCACAAUCCUGCCGGAACAUCUGUGCAAAAUAUUCUACACUGGAGCCAGGCAGUGAAUUCUGGGGAACUCCGUGCAUUUGACUGGGGAAGUGAGACCAAAAAUCUGGAGAAAGGCAAUCAGCCAACUCCUGUAAGGUACAAAGUUAGAGAUAUGACAGUCCCUACAGCAAUGUGGACGGGAGGACAGGACUGGCUCUCAAGUCCAGAAGACGUCAAGACACUGCUCUCUGAAAUGACCAACCUUGUCUACCAUAAGAACCUCCCUGAAUGGGCCCACGUGGAUUUCAUCUGGGGCUUGGAUGCUCCUCACCGCAUGUACAAUGAAAUCAUACAUCUGAUGAAGCAGGAAGAGCACAGCCUUUCCCAGGGAGUGUGUGAGGUCCUACUGUGAGACAUCUGAUACUGACACGUCUUGGGAAUACUCCCGUGGGAUGGGGCUAGGACCUGGGAAGGAUUUUCAGAAGGAUUUCCAGAAUUGGAAACCUACUAUCUUGGCAGAAGGGAGGGCAGAGGUAACAGUAUGCAUUCUCAGAUUUAGUGCAUUUGGCACUAAAACUGACAUCAGCCUUAUUUUCAGUGAAUUAAACUACUCAUUGGGUGAACAUAGGUUUCAUAUGCUGCUAUAUAUCCCAGUAGUCCCCAGACAUUUUGGCACCAGGGACCAGCUUCAUGGAAGAUAGCUUUUCCACAGGAGGGAGGAUGGUUUCAGGAUGAUUCAAGCACAUUCCACCUCCACCUCAGAUCAUCAGGGAUUAUAUUCUCACAAAGAAAACACAGCCUAGAUCCCUGGCAUGUGCAGCUGACAGUAGAGUUCACAAUCCUAUGAGAAUAUAAUGUCCCCACUGCUUAUCUGACAGGAGGCGGAGUUCAGGUGGUGAUGGGAGGGACGGGAACAGCUGUAAAUACAGAGGAAGCUUCUUCGCUGGCUCUCCCGCUGUUCACCACCUGGUGUGUGGCCCAAUUCCUAAACAGACCACAGGCCCACACUGGUGCACAGCCCAAGGGGUGUGGACCACAGCCGUGUUCUACCAUCCUUAAUAGUAAAUUUUACCUGACAGCCAGAAUGUAUCCAGGUAUUCCCUAUGUUAUUCAGGCAAACCUCUUUAAAACUAAGCUGUAUUUUUGGAGCAGUAAAGUAAAAGGACAAAUUGGGACAGAUGCUAAGGUCUUGAAUCUCUGGGUUGUUGUUGACUUUGACAAAAUAAGCUAGGCUUUUUUCACCUCGUUGCCAUAGAGACAUGGCAGGAAGCCAAGUCUACCUCAGGAAACCAA